UUAUGUUCAGCAUCCAGUCCUUCCUCUCCGCCUGUCAUCAGUUUAUCAGGGCUGGACGGUCAGAGCGGAGGAGUGGUGUUGCAGUGUGAGUCUGCAGGCUGGUAUCCGGAGCCUGAGGUGUUGUGGCUGGACGCUGAGGGGAAGCUCCUCUCUGCUGGACCUCCAGAGACAGUCAGAGGUCCUGAUGACCUCUAUACUGUCAGCAGCAGAGUGACUGUGGAGAAGAGACCCAGCAGCAGCUUCACCUGCAGAGUCCAGCACCACAACACCACCCGCACCACACAGACGCACUUCCAUGUUCCAGAUGAUUUCUUUAAGCUCCAGUCCUGUCAUUAUUGGUCUGGCCGUCAGUUUGGCUGUUUGCAUUCUGUUGAUUUCCUUUUUUGUGUGGAAGUGGAGACAAAACAUAUACAGAAAGCUUUUGCAUGAAGUUGAUAGAGGAGAAAAGAAGAACCGCUUUAAAGCUGAAGAUCAGUGUGUCACUGAAGAAGAAAGAGGACAGCUGAUGACAGCUCACACUGUGUAUAUGGAGGUUUUGAAGGGAGAUUUGGAAAAGAAGAGUGAAAAGGUUAAAACAAAGAAAAACGAGCUGCCGAAUCUCCUUAAUGAGAAACAGAAGUCCGAGUUUGAGCUACAGUCCCUGAAAGAUGAGCUGGAGAGCAAAAACACAAAGCUGGAGAAAUUACAGACCUCAUUUGGCAGCUUACAAAGUCAUCAUCCUUCUCGCAAAACUGGAGAACAGAAGGAAAAGAAAGCUGAGCAGAAAGUGAAGACACUGAAAAAGAAGCUCGAUGCUCAACAGGAGGAAACAGACACCAAAAUAAAAGAGUUUGAACGCAAGAAAGCUGAAGUCCAGCAGCUCCAGGAGGACAUUCAGAGGAUAAAGGCCAACCUGCAGAUUACGACGGAGGAUCUGGAGUCCAACUUUGCUUUGAAAAGAAGCCAAGCAGGUCAAGCCAGUGUUUCUAAGUCUUCUUCAAUAAGACGGAUGAUGGUUUCCGGACGGAAGUUUGAGGAGGAGCAGCAGAGGAGGGAGGAAGCUGAGAAAGAAGUUCACGUCCUAAAGGAGAAGCUGCUGCAUAACAACAUAGAGGUGGAGAGACUACAGGCUGAUCUGCAGAGACUCACAGAGGAGAAGAGGAGGAGGGAAGAGGAGCUGAAGGAGGAGACUCAAGAGUGACUGAAGAAGCUCCAGGAGGAGAAGAGAGGCAGAGAGGAAGCUGAGAAUGAACUGAAGGACCCAAAGGAAGAGGUGGAGAGCAGGAAAAAACCAUGAGACAAGUUACCACAUUAUAAACAAUAUAAACGUUAAACAUCAGCAUGACUCAGAUUGAUGCUCAGUGAAGAGAAUCACACAUUUUAACGUUAUUAUUUUGGUCUAUUCAACAAUUGAAAGCGUCUUUUGUUUAAAUGGUGUGAACAGCCUUUGUUUUAUAUAAUUUAAGAAAACAUCUCAAACAUUGAGCUUUUAUAAAGACAAAAGGUGAGCUAAUGCAAGUUAGCAAUAUAAAAGUUUUUGGUUUCUCAGUAACUUUUAUUUGUUUAUGUUUGCUAGAUUUAUAAU